CCCAGCGACUGGAUUACAAGACGCAGAGCUCGGAGAGAUGUACGCUUCAUGACAAACGGGAGAUUUGCUCAUCAGAUUAAUCUUCAAUGUUAACAAAGUGGAUUUCGGUUGCACAACAAGGACGCAGGAUGGAGGCGAACAGACCCCAGCUGAGUGACACCAUACUCGCAGGAGAGGCUUAUGGCUUAUAGCACUGGACUGCUGUUUCUGAUUGGAGUACUUUCCUUCCAUCUGCCUGAAUUCCAGGCCCGACCCACCGACUUCUGGUGCAACUAUCAAGUCAGGAAGAAGCUGGAGGAAAGGAUCGAAGAGCUGAGCAAAAAUAUGGUGGACUGCACCGGAGCCGACACACUCCCGUCACCGUUACUUCUGCCAAGAGUUCUGGUCCAUGCGGAAGAAUGGACAAAUAAAACCCUCCAGCAGAAACGUAGAGAAGUGGUGAGCACCCUCCAGGCUUUUCAGGAGGGUCUUGAAGGAGGGAGGACGGAGAGCUUCGCACCAUGUCAGAUUCAUGUACUGAGAAAGCUGACGCAUCACGUUACCACACAUCUGCUUAUAGUUCAGCAAAUUCAGAUUGAGGAUGACACCGAAAUACCAAGUGAAUCUUCGACAACGGAAAUCCACAAUAGCAUUACAGCUGUGCUGGGACAGUUCCUGCGGUUACUCAGAGGAAAAGUAGAGCGUCUUGCAGUUGACCUCCAAGAAAGUAUCUGUAGCCACAGGAGGACCACUGAAGCUCCUGACAGUGGAGUAUAAGGAGAGUCAUUUUGUUUAUUGACUGGCUACAAAAAGCCAUAGGAAAAAGGAGUUGAGCAUAUGUACGACGGUGUCAUUGUGAUCGCUGUUAAGGUCAUACGCACAACAGAAAGCCCAGCAAAAUAAACAGCAUGAAGCACAGAGGGAGUCCAUAUUGGGCUCUUCCUGUCAGGGUGUGUGGGUGGGUUGCCAAAUCUUGGACUUUGUCAUGAGUGGGAUCUUUUGGCGGCCAAUUCCCAAAUGUCCUCUUCCCAUUUAUGGAGCCACGCAAGCCUUUUUCUGGGGAAUGAAAGCGGCACACUUGAAUGUAAACUCAUCAUAUUUCAGCAGUGAUUUGAUCGUCAAUGGUGUUUGAAUCAGACCGCCUGUGCACCGGACGUAAUAGAAAUGAAUGGGGAAUUUGUUUGUUCUGAAGUCCGAAACGGACCCAAAAGUCAUUUCCCUUCUGUCUUAACCAAUUACCAUUCGGUUCUGAACAUUCAUUGAAAAAUACCUGAGCUUGGCAGAGGUCAGUAGUUCUUAUACCCCUCGCUGCACUGUCUCUGUAGUAUUGGUGUUCAGUAUGUACUCACGAAAACUACAGCAAAUGAAUGUAAAUCUAUCUCCAUCCAGACAAUGAUGAGAAAUUAUUAGACACUGUUUUUGGUAAUAUUUAUUUUCAAUCUGCUUGUAAGUCUCUAUGGAAAGACAGUAGGGAUCAGUCAACAUCUGACUGAAAUGCUGCAUUUGUAAAUUGUAAAUAAAAGCCAUGACAAAAUGAGAUUUUUCGAUUUUGAAUGGGAAAGUCUCAAACACUGUCUAUUACUUGACAUCCAGUUCCACACUUGCCGAUAGCUCUUAUUCCGUAAAAGAAAUACCACAGUGGUGACAAAAAAAAUGGACACAAUCUCAAAUAUUAUCAUGAAAAAUUGACUCGUGUUUCAAAAGGUGUGUCUGCACUAUACAGACAAAAACAAAUUAAAUUGUUUUUGUUUAUUGUUUACAGUUAAAAAAAAAAAAAAAAACGUAAAACGAUUUUCUGACAGUAUCAACUGUCAGUUGUCAACAUUGUCGGUAUCAAAGUCAACAAAUAACAGAGAAUGUGUUCAAAACUGUAAAAAAAAAAAAAAAAAAAAAUCAAACAAAGUGUUUAUGGGGUGUCUGAAAACUUUUUCCCCAUCUCUGUAUGCAGCCUACAUAUAUAAUGUCAUUCUAAUAUUAGAUUUUUGGUAUAAUAUAUUUUUUAGGAUGAAGACACUCGAAAAUGUAGAUGAUGAUUCAUUGAAAGGUUGCUAGUUUUGAGCUUCACCCGGAGUUCGUAUUGCACUGAGGCACAGGGAGGAUGUAAUGGUUAGAUCAUACCUCUAGAUGGCAACAUAAAGCUUCAUACAAGUUUCUGAAGCUGGCGGAAGGGUUUUUUUAGAGGAAAAAAUCAGCAACUUAUAAAGCAAACCUCAAAGUAUUAGUUAAAUAUUAUUAAUUAGCAUAAUAUAAAUCGUUAAGUAAUCAAUUGUUAGAAAGAAAAAAAUAUAUAUAUUGAAGCCUGCUUCUGCAUCGGACAUUUUUAAUUGUGCUCACCAGUAGAGAACAAAUCUUAAAUACAGAACAGUUAAUGAACAUAAUGAAACGCACCUGGAUGAAUUAGUAUUUAUUCACGUUCAGGAUCUGUCCAGGUGGCAGGAGUAGAAGUCGAAUUUUUCCCAGUCUGCUCUGCCUGAGGGUUCAAAAAUAAUUCCCAUUGAUGGAAACAGCUGCUCCAGUCUGAAUUCAGGUGGGAGACCAACCACCCACGUCAACAAGCAUUUUUUUCCCCCAGCCAUUUGAAGCAUUGAUCUGGUUUUUCUGUUGUGACACACAGUUAGACUGAAUAUCGACGUGGAAUCUGACAUCUUUAUCAGGCUAAACUAAAUUUGCUGAUUCUCAAAUUAGCCCAUUCAGUAGUUGCCGCUAAACAAGUUAAUAUCCUCUGAAAUUGAAAAGUGAGCUAAACAAACAAUUCAACUGGGUUCUCCUCCUUAAAACCUUCACUAGGCCUGGGAUCUGUGACACUUAUCUGACUAGUGAUGGAUGUGCCCUCUAAUCCAGGACCAGGAUGAUGAGGCUUCACGAAACGGUGCCCUCCUCUUCAGAGCCCAAUAGAUGGCGCUCUGUGCUCUAAAAUUCUUGCAUUUGAACAGCCAUUCUCAUGAAACUUAACCAAUUGCAACCCUGUUUUUUCCGUAAACUAUUUGUCCAUAAACUGAAUGAAUAGAUUAAACAUAUUUCAUUCGCCUUUUACUUGCCUUUGUUUUUUUUUUAAUGAACCACAUUAUUUCAUUUCAUCAUAUUUUAUUUAUAUUAUUAAUUGAAUGAUUUAAUCCAAGUGUUUCUCAGACACACAAAAAUGCUUCUUUUUUUUUUUAAACUGACACAAAAGUUAAUUCUCAAAGUCAGAUCAGAUGACUUGCACAUAUUUCCAUUACUAAAACCUUGAUUAAAAAAGUGUUUUUUUAUUGAUGAACCCAUGAAAUUUUUCAAUUAGAUUUAACCCCCACACAUUAAAAUCCAUGUUAACAUUGACUGAAAUGGAAAAAAAAAAAGCGGAACACUAUCAUGAUGGAGCCAUAUUGUGUCUGGAAGCCUGACCAUCUUGGAUGGACAGAGCUUCAGGCAGUCUGCUUCAGUCUGCUGUUUUUGCCAAAAAUGUGUCGCAGCUACAGCAUCUAGAGCUACCAGACAAACAGAAUCUGUGGAAGACGGGCAAGAUUUUGGAACUUUAAGCAUAUCUGAGGAUGUGACACGCAGCGGAACUUGGAUUUGAAUCAACUGGGCCUUUAUACGAUUCUAAAUACAGCUCCCC